GCUGGUUACGACUCCCUUUUUGGUAAUCGGGAAAUGCGAGCCAGUCAGACGCUCCAAGUUGAGAAGUUGGUCGUGGUUGACUGCGGUGGCCAAGCCGGACCAGUGAGCGCGCAGGACGGAUAGUGUUUUCUCGCACACCCGUGAAAUAUCCUAUGGACGCCCGAUCUGUUGUUGCAUGUUUUUGAUGAUUACGUUUCCGUCCGAGCAUAAGCUGAAGUCUUCGCAGAGGGACAAGGUCCGGCAGUUCAUGUCCUUCACGCAGGCUGGGGAGAAGACUGCUGCUUACUGCCUGACCCAGAAUGACUGGAAACUAGAGGUGGCCACAGACAACUAUUUCCAGAACCCAGACCUCUACUACAAGGAAUCAAUGAAAACCCCCGUGGAGAAGAAGAAGCUGGAACAGCUCUACAACCGCUACAAAGAUCCCCAGGAUGAGAAUAAGAUAGGCAUCGAUGGCAUCCAGCAGUUCUGCGAUGACCUCACCCUGGACCCGGCCAGCAUCAGCGUCUUGGUGGUGGCGUGGAAGUUCCGGGCCGCCACCCAGUGCGAGUUCAGCAAGAAGGAGUUCCUGGAUGGCAUGUCCGAACUGGGGUGCGACAGCCCAGAGAAGUUGAAGGCUCUUCUUCCCAGAUUAGAACAGGAGCUGAAAGACAGUGGCAAGUUCAAGGACUUCUACCAGUUCACAUUCAACUUCGCCAAGAACCCUGGACAGAAGGGUUUAGAUCUAGAGAUGGCUGUGGCCUACUGGAACCUGGUACUGACAGGCCGCUUUAAGUUCCUGGACCUCUGGAACAGGUUCUUAUUGGAACACCACAAACGGUCGAUUCCCAAAGACACAUGGAACCUACUCUUGGAUUUUGGCAACAUAAUCGCAGACGACAUGUCAAAUUACGACGAGGAGGGGGCGUGGCCAGUUCUCAUAGACGAUUUUGUGGAAUUCGCCCGGCCGAUCGUAACAGGAUCCAAACGCAAAACCCACUACUAACAACCCAGCUAUUGAAAGAGGGGCAGAACUUUGGUUCCUCUUCAUUGACUUUGUAGGAUAAAAAAAAAAAAAAAAAAAAACUUUUUAAGAGGAAACAGAAACACUUGAAUCCGU